AUGUUUGACUUCCUGAUGCAAAACAUAGAAGUAUUUGCUUGGACUCCGCAAGAAAUGCCGAGUGUGGAUCCCACUUUCGCCAAGCAUGCAUUGAAUGUCGAUCCAAGUAAACGGCCGGUGGUGCAGAAAGUCCGACGCUCGUCCGCCGCACACAUCGAAGCCGUGAUGACAGAGGUGGAACAACUGUUAAAGGCUGGCGCCAUUCGAAAAGUUUUAUAUCCCACCUGGCUUGCAAAUCCAGUGGUUGUGCCGAAGAAGAAUGGGAAGCUACGGGUUUGUGUUGAUUAUACAAACCUCAAUGACGCUUGUCCUAUGGAUCGGUUUCCCCUCCCACGGAUUGAACAGAUGGUGGACGCAACAGCGGGAUACGAGCAGGUAAGCUUUAUGGAUGCAUAUCGGGGCUAUCAUCAAAUCGCUUUGGCUCCGGAAGAUCAGGAGAAGACGGCCUUUAUUUCUCCUCGGGGAACUUACUGCUACAAGGUCGUACCGUUCGGUCUGAAGAAUGCUGGUGCAACCUUCCAACGCUCCAUCACAAAGAUGUUUCCUGGUAUGCUCGGCCAAAUAUUUGAAGCUUAUAUCGAUGAUUUGGUCUGCAAAAGCAUAUUCGCUCGGGACCACCUUCAGGAUCUGGGAGAGGUCUUUGCUGUUUUGAAACGACGGAAGUUGCGCCUCAAUGCUGAGAAGUGUGCGUUUGGCGUAAGCUCAGGGAAGUUCCUUGGUUAUAUAGUAAGCCGCCAGGGAAUCGAAGCUGAUCCCACACAGAUCUUCGCCGUGCAAAAUCUCCGAGCCCCGACUACUAUAAAAGAGGCUUUGCAAUCCUUAAAGCAAUACUUGUCCCAUGCUCCUUUGCUCGUCAAGCCCUUUCCCGACGAAGAUUUAUAUCUUUACCUUGCUGUUUCGGAUCAUGCUACCAGCGCAGAGCUUGUUCGGAAAGAGGGGAUGGAGCAUCAACCAAUCUUCUACUCAAGCAAAACGAUGACGGACUUUCAGAUGAGGAUUGUGGUCCUCAUUGAGUUUCCUCUCAAAGCUGUACUUCGGAAGACAGACACGUCAAGCCGGAUCCUGAAAUUCUCUAAAGACUUGGCCAAUUUUGACAUCCAGUUUGAACCUCGGACCGCCAUCAAAGGUCAGGCCUUGGUCGACUUCUUUGCCGAGUUCACUCCUGGACUGCAAGACGAAGCCGAUGCCUUGGCCACCGCUGCGGAAGAAGCUCGGAUUCAGGACGAAGAAGUUCUGGAAGAACCUUGUAGCCAUCCCGCGGAGCCCCUCCGCGCUCGGUACACCCUGGGACGAAAGAAACCGAAGCGGCAAUGGAGGCUCUUUUCUGGCGACGCCUGGCGAAUGACCGUCGAUGGAGCCUCUAAUGUUCACGAGGCUGGUGCGGGCAUCGUCCUUGUGUCUCCGAGCGGGACUGUACAUGAAAGCGCGGUUUCGAUUGGGUACCCGGCGACAAACAACGAAGCAGAAUAUGAAGUUCUGAUUACAGGCCUCCAACUUGCUCUUCUGCUUGAUGCAGAUUCGGUUCACAUCUUCUGUGACUCUCAGCUUAUUGUGGGUCACUUAAACGAUAAUUAUCAAGCCAAAGAUCAGCGUAUGAAUGCUUACGUCAGCCACGUAUUGGGUUUGUUCCGAAGAUUUGGCCGAGUAGAAGUAGAAUGGAUCGCUCGGGAGCACAAUGCGCAUGCUGAUGCCCUGGCAGGUCUUGCUUCGGUUUAUCGGACCUCGGGCAGUCGCACUAUUGUCUUUGACGAAGUCGCAACACCGAGCUUCGAGCAGUCGUGCCAACCAGUGAUGGCGAUUUCCCUCGGUCCAAGUGAUAAGCCCUCGAUAGUUAAAAGUGAAAAACAAGGCAUUUUGAAUGCCAAGGAAAACAACCUGGGAUCAUCCAAAGAACCAAGACCAUGUGGCACCCCGCCACCAAGUCCCAAGGAGCUUUUAAAGAAGUGUCGAAGAGUGUUCGGGAUGUCAAAGGGGUCGUUAGAGGAAGAAAACAAUUCGGAAGUUUUCUGCCAGCGAUGUACCGGUACCGCGAAUCUGUGGUACCUGUACACCUCGGACAGAUUUGGUCCAAAAUGCUGA